AUGGAAGCAAAGACUUUGGUUCUUCUAAAAGCUCUUCUUCUUCUCUGUUUCAACGUUUGCUUCACAUUAGCUUCCGACCCCGACCCGAUUCAAGACUUCUGUAUACCAAAACCAAUCACAUUUCCUCACCACGAUCACUUCUCCACCAAUCUCCCUUGCAAAAACUCCUCCGAAGUCACCACAGAAGAUUUUGUCUUUUCCGGUCUAAAAACAGCCGGAAUCUUCACCGAGACAGGGUUCGCCACUGUCCCAGUGAGCCCGGCCAACUUCCCGGGCCUAAACACAUUAGGCAUGUCUUUUGUACGGGCUGAUCUCAAACCCGGAGCCAUAAACCCGCCACAUUACCACCCGCGGGCUACCGAAGUAGCCCACUUGGUCAAAGGACAAGUUUACUCCGGUUUCGUGGACUCAAACAAUAAGGUCUACGCUAAAGUGAUGGAAGCAGGAGAAAUGAUGGUUUACCCAAAAGGGCUUGUGCAUUUUCAGAUGAACGUUGGAGAUGUUACGGCCACGAUUCUCGGCGGACUUAAUAGCCAAAGCCCUGGGAUUCAUAAGAUACCGUCGCUGGUUUUUGGGUCAGGGAUUAAUGAAGAGUUGCUUGUAAAAGCUUUUGGGUUGAGUCUUAAGCAGAUUGGUACGUUGAAGAGAAGAUUUGAUCCUGUCAUGUCUAAUGAACAUUGA